AUGGGGAUUUCUGACGAAGACUUCGACUCUGGAGACGCUCUCUUUGACGACAUUGAUGAGGAUGACCUCAUCUUUGACGCACUCGAAGAGGCGGGAGUGAUGAAUCCGACCAAGAAGCAUAGUAGAGGCAAAGAGAACGAUGUUCAAGAUCUAGCGCCUGCAAAGAAAGCGCGGCGUGGUUCCUUCAGUCUUACUGAAAAUAGUUCCAAGGGCCGACUUGGCGAGACACAACGGAUUCAGCUUGCACGAAAGCUCUUGGCCGACAAGUUUGGCUACAAAGAGUUUCGCCAUGAGCAAGAGGCUGCCAUCGCCAGACUUCUUGAUGGCGAGAAUGCCCUUGUUGUCUUCCCAACUGGUGCCGGAAAGUCACUUUGCUACCAGAUCCCCGCCAUUGCAUUCACAGAACUUGACCGCCAGACCAAAGAGAGACAGGCCAACGACUCUGGUAUUACUAUCGUCGUUUCGCCUCUCAUUGCUCUGAUGAAGGACCAAGUUGAUGCGCUCAAGCGGAGGGGCAUUGCAGCGGAAUGCAUGGACUCCACGAAAACUUGGGAUGAAAUACAAAAGAUCAACAAGGAUCUGCGAGAGGGACAGUUACGCCUACUGUACUGCGCUCCCGAGCGCCUCAACAAUGAAGGAUUCGUUGAGACGAUGAAGCGAGUCAAGGGAGGAGUUAGAAUGAUUGGCGUGGACGAAGCUCACUGUAUCUCAGAGUGGGGACAUUCUUUUCGCCCUGACUACCUGAAAGUUGCCCGGUUCGUUCAGGAGAUCAAGGCCGAACGAGUCAUCUGCUUGACAGCUACCGCUACACCACCUGUCGUCAAAGACAUUUGCCAAGCGUUCGAUAUUUCCGACCAAGGCGUUUUCAGAACGUCUGUUUAUCGUCCCAACCUUCGACUCGAAGCCGAAGCCGUCAAGGUCAAGGAUGACAAGUAUGAGCUUUUGUUCAAGUUCUUGAAAACGCACCCCGGCUCGACACUCAUCUACACUACUCUCCAAAAGCAAGCUGAAGAGCUGGCGGCACACCUCACUAAGCAGGGUGUUCCCGCCGCCCACUUCCACGCUGGUAUGAAAGUUGAUGAGAAGAGACUGAUACAAGAUGAUUUCAUGAGCUCUAAAAUCCAAACGGUAGUUGCAACCAUUGCAUUUGGCAUGGGCAUCGACAAGUCAGAUAUUCGGAAUAUUAUCCACUGGGAUAUCCCGAGUACCGUCGAGGAGUACUGUCAGCAAGUCGGCCGUGCCGGUCGUGACGGCAAACCAAGCUACUGCAUGCUCUACCUCUGCCGGGAAGACUUUUGGAUCAAAGAGAACUUUGCGCGUGGAGACCUACCGUCCCGCAACUCGUUGCGCAACCUCCUAAAGGAAAUCUUCGAUGGCGAUGUUGUCAAACUGCCGCUUGGCGAAACUUUCAAAUUCGAAGCAAAUGGGCAAUACUAUCCCCGUCUCAAGAGCAUGAACACGCCAGAGAGCAAGGCCAUCUUGAAGCACGCCAAGAAGGCCAAGAAAUUUCACUCGAUUGAUCCAACGAAAGUCGCCAAGGAAGAGGGUUUACGACGGAACGAAAUCAUCAACCUUCUCAAUGAUCUCAACAACAGUGGUGCUAUCGUCCUCACCGUCGGAGGAGUCGAGCAGAAGUACAAAGUCAUGGACAAGCUACCAAAAACAGACACAGCAAUCGACGAUCUAACAGACAAGCUCUACGACGACCUUAAGAGGCGCGAGAAGCAGGCUCUCGAUAGACUCAAGGACGUCAUCGAUCUCGUCACAGCCCCAAAAUGCUUCGGCCUCUCCAUCGCACAACACUUCGGCAUGGAUCUUCCAGGAAACAAGAAGAAGUGCGGACACUGCACGUUCUGUCUCAAGGGUGCAGCUGUGAAGCUGCCACCUUCGUCACCCAAACAGGUCGACAGAGCAGCGAUCAACAAGGUGCUGAUAUCGACAGACAUCCGAGAUGAUGCGCGUUUUCUAGCGAGGAUUGCGUUUGGCAUCAAGAGCCCGCGGGUUGGCAAGUUGAAGCUGGACAGGUCUCCGGUGUUCAUGUCAAUGGCCGAUCACGAUUUUGAUGCAAUUUUGAAGGAGUUCAAGAAGGCUUGCCAUGAAAAGGAUGAAUGA